ACAGCUGGUUUGCAUUAAAUGUCUCAACACGGUUAUUGGAUAGAAAAUGAGUUAAAUCAUGCAGCUUCUCAACUUUACUCUGCCUUCUCCUGUCUAUAUAAUCCCUUCCUUGAACCCUCAACUUCUCAUCAAAAGUCAUCUUUGAUUCGUACUAAAACCUUAAAGCAUAGCUAAUGGCAAAUAUGGCUUCCAAGUUGUUUCUCGUCUUGCUUCUUGGUGCUUUUGUUUGCACUAGUACUGCUGCUAGGAAUCUCGUGAGUGAGAAGGCUUCUUUUGAGGAUGAAAAAUUCUUUCGUCGCCCAAGAUCUGGUGGGGGUCUUGGAGGUGGAGGUGGUGGUGGUGGUGGUUUCGGCGGAGGUGGAGGUGGUGGGUUAGGUGGGGGUGGUGGUGCUGGAGGUGGAGCUGGGGGUGGACUCGGUGGAGGUGCUGGUGGUGGUGGAGGGUUUGGAGGUGGGGGUGGUGGAGGAUUAGGUGGUGGUUCUGGUUUUGGAGGAGGAGCCGGUGGUGGGUUUGGAGGUGGAGCUGGUGCUGGCGGUGGCCUUGGAGGAGGUGCUGGAGGUGGAGGUGGUUUUGGAGGAGGAGGUGGUGGUGGACUCGGUGGGGGAGCUGGUGGUGGACUUGGAGGUGGAUUGCCUUGAAAAGAUUCAGACUAUUGCAAUAACUUAAUUUUUCAUAUGAGAAAUGCCUGUGAUGUUUUCUUGAUAUAUAAUUUUCAAUUGUUUAAGUGAAAUGAUAACAUAAUUAGCUCUCUGCAAGAUGAAUCAUAAUUAGCUGCUUUACCUCUUU